AUGGAUUUUGAUAACUUUUAUAUCAAAAAUACGAAACAACAUGGAAUGAUUCAGAUGAUUAUAGGUCCAAUGUUUAGUGGUAAAACAACAGAACUUUUUCGACUUGCUAAUAUGCAUAUUCUAGCAAAAAAAAAAGUGAUAAUUGUUAAAUAUGAAAGAGAUACACGUUAUGAUAGUAAAUUUGCCUCAACUCAUGAUGAAAAAACAAUGGAAGCUAUAAGUGCUAUUCAUUUAAAAGAUAUCUUUGAUAAUAUAAAAGAACAUGAUGUCAUUGGGAUUGAUGAAGGUCAAUUUUUUGAUGAUAUUGUUUGGGGAGCUGAAAAAUUAGCAUCAAUGGGAAAAUUAGUAAUUGUUGCUGCAUUAGAUGGAGAUUUUCAAAGACGUCCUUUUGAAAGUAUCGUAAAUUUAUAUCCAUUAGCUGAAAAAAUUAAAAAAAUUAAUGCUGUAUGUCGUUCUUGUGGAUUUUUUGCUUCAUUUACCUUUCGAACAACAGAUAGUUCUGAUUUAGAAAUUAUCGGUGGUGAAGAUAUGUAUAAAGCUGUAUGCCGUGAAUGUUUUUAUAAAUUUAAAAAUAAUCAAUUUCAAAAUCAAAUGAUAGAUAAUAUUAAUAGAGAUAUUGAUAAAAUUUCAUUAUCUAAUAUAUCAGAUACCAUAACAAAAUAUGAAACUGAAAAUUAUAAUUCAAAAAAUAUUUCAUUAUCUGUAAGAAAAACUGCAUGA